AUGGCGCUCCACGCCUCCCACCCUUUCCUCCGCAUCCUCGUCUCUCUCUCCGUCCUCGCGACCCUCGCCUCACUCGCCUCACUCGCUGCAGCGCAGCCUCAGCAGCGCGGCAUAGUGGAUCUGAAGACCAUUCCCGAGAAUUCCGUGUCGUCGUGGUCGCUGCAGGGCCCGCCAGCGCUGCGCAAGGAGAGCACUCCAGGGCAGUUCAAGCUGGUGGGGCCUGUCGUUAUCAACGUGCUUAAGGUCAUCCGCCCGCAGUUCACUCCCAUCCAAGCUGAGUGCUUGUCUUCCAAUCUGACGUCGGACCCUGCCACGUGGACAGCUUCCAUAGGUCCACCUUCAGGCGCCAACGAGUUCGCCAACCUUACCUUCCAGAACCCCGUCGUACAGAUCUGGGGUGGGCGGUUUGACAUCGACAACACCACGAGCGACUAUUCCUUCAAGCCCAACAACACGAGGCUGGUCUUCUCCCGCGUGUCCGGCACCCUGCUGCGAUCCGACGUGAACAAACAAAAUGUGGUGAUCACGCUCCCUGCAGGAAACAUCCCGACACUGAAUGGGAAAUUCAUCCGAAGGUUCCAUGAGUAG